AUGUGGCUCACUUUCAAGGGGAGGCUCCAAACCAAGGAUCAAUUGCUCAGGUAUGGCAUAAAUGUUGAACCUAAGUGUGUGUUCUGCCCUGCUGAUGAAAUAAUGGACCACCUUUUGUUUGAGUGCAGCAUAACUAAAGGAAUAUGGAAGUGUAUUCUGGUAUGGAUUGGUUAUAUUAGGGACCCUGCAAACUGGAUGAUUGAAAGAGAUUGGAUUAUAGCCGAAGUGAAAAAGAAAGGGUGGAGGAGAGACAUCCUAAAAACCGCUGUUGUUGAAACUGUCUAUGCCGUAUGGAGGAUGCGUAAUGAUGUGAUCUUCAAUCAACAUACCUUGGAUGAUACAGUUACUAAUAGGAUAAAGGAAGUUAUAGCAUUAAGAUGUAUAGGUUAUAGAAAAUUUGCCAAGCAUAUCAAUAUAGUAAACCUUUGUAUUGUUUAG